AUGAUUAGUAAGCUAGACAGUGUGCUCUUGGCCCAGAAAAAAUUCAUCUACAAUUACAAGAACAUGCGAUGGGCAAAAGGCCGCAACGAGACCUAUCUCUGCUUCGUAGUGAAGAGAAGGCUUGGACCUGAUUCCCUCUCUUUCGACUUCGGACACCUACGCAAUCGCACUGGCUGCCACGCAGAGCUGCUGUUCCUGAGCUACCUGGGGGCGCUGUGCCCGGGCCUCUGGGGCUGCGCAGACGACAGAAACCGAAGACUGAGCUACUCCGUCACCUGGUUCUGCUCCUGGUCGCCCUGUGCCAACUGUGCGACCACGCUGACCCGGUUCCUGAGGCAGACACCCAACCUGCGACUCAGGAUCUUCGUGUCUCGCCUCUACUUCUGUGACCUGGAGGGCAGUCCGCAUGUAGAGGGCUUGAGGGACCUGAGGAGGGCAGGGGUCCAGGUCAAAGUGAUGAGCUACAAAGACUACUUCUACUGCUGGCAGACCUUUGUAGCUCACAGGCUGAGCCGCUUCAAGGCCUGGGAAGGGCUGCAUACCAAUUAUGUGCGUCUGUCAAGAAAACUAAACCGCAUCCUCCAGCCAUGUGAAACAGAAGAUUUAAGAGAUGUUUUCAGACUUUUUGGACUGUUAACCUGA